AUGACAAUAUCUACUUUCGAUCACGUUACGGGGCGACUAAGACAGAUUGCGCGUCAUCUCUCCUUCCCAAAUUUUCUACUUCUGCAGCUCGAAUCCAAAACAUAUAUGUAUAGUAGGCUACGGAGUAAAGAGAAAAGGAUGUUUAACUCUGUGAAUCUAAGCAACUUCUGCUCCCAGGCGCGUAAAGACCGGACAUCGGAGUUCGGGGACAGGACGGGCUGUGCCUCCAACAUCUACCUCCCCAGCUGCACCUACUACGUCCCAGAAUUUUCUACCGUUUCUUCGUUUCUUCCGCAGGGGCCUUCAAGGCAAAUAACAUACCCCUAUUCCACAAAUUUGUCUCAAGUGCAGCCGGUACGAGAUGUUUCCUACGGCCUGGAUACCUCGAGCAAGUGGCACCACAGAACAAACUAUGCGACGUGCUACUCGGGAGAGGAUCUUGUGCACAGGGACUGCCUUCCGCCAUCCACCAUGACAGACAUACUGAUGAAAAACGAAAGCGUAUACAGUCACCACCACCAUCACCAUCAUUCUAGCUCUAACCACACAUCCGCCGGUUUCUAUUCGAGUGUGGGGAAAAAUAACGUGCUUCCUCAGGGUUUUGAUCGCUUUUUUGAAACGGCGUAUUGUGGCGCAGACAAUCAGUCAGACCAUUGUUUACAAAAGAGCGAGCCGAAUAAGCUAGUUAGCACAUCGCCGCAGACUAAUGCCGUUGCAGGGGUAGAAGAGCCGGAAAAGGACGCCGAGGAAGAGGAAGAGGAAGAACGAACAAAUUCGGGUUCGUGUACUUCGUCAGCCACAAAGGACGGCAAAACCAGCCACUCGAGUGCCCCACGCACAAGGAAGAAGAGAUGUCCAUACUCCAAGUUUCAGAUUCGAGAGCUGGAGCGAGAGUUUUUCUUUAACGUUUACAUCAACAAAGAGAAAAGGCUGCAGCUCUCCAGAAUGCUGAACCUUACAGAUAGACAAGUAAAAAUAUGGUUUCAAAAUCGGAGAAUGAAAGAAAAGAAGUUAAGUCGAGACCGCUUGCAAUAUUUCUCUGGGAAUCCAUUAUUGUAA